CCCGUCACGCAAGCCACGUGUUUCUAACGCGAGCCCCGGAAGUGUUUGUUAAAAGGAUUAAAGGCGCAGGUGAAGCGCCGCGGGUAGAGAGCUGCUUGUGUUUCUGCAGGGAUGGAAGUAACCAGGAAAAAUUUUAAAGAGUGUCUGAAUACGAUAUACACCGCGAUACAAGAAGCCGAGUUCCUAGCCAUCGAUGGAGAAUUUUCAGGUAUCAGUGACGGCCCCUCCGUGAGUGCUUUGACCAAUGGUCUGGACACGCCAGAAGAGCGCUAUCAGAAACUGAAAAAGCAUUCCAUGGACUUCCUGCUGUUUCAGUUCGGUCUCUGCGCUUUUAAAUACAACCAUGCAGAAGCCAAAUACAUCAUUAAGUCUUUUAACUUUUAUGUUUUUCCAAAGCCGUUGAACAGAAGCUCCCCGGAUAUCAAGUUUGUCUGUCAGAGUUCAAGUAUAGACUUUCUGGCCAAUCAAGGAUUUGAUUUCAACAAAGUGUUUUGUUGUGGUAUCCCCUAUCUGAACCAGGAGGAGGAGAGGAAGCUGAGGGAGCAGUACGAGGAGAGGCGGUCUCAGUCCAACGGAGCGGGAACCCCCUCCUUCAUGUCCCCCAACUCCUGCAAGGGGCCGGUCGUCAUUCCAGAGGAGCACAGAGCCUUCAUAGAGAGAGUCGUAGAGAAAGUUGAAAGCUUGUCAAACAGCACAGAACAAUCCAGUGUGCAGCUGGACCCUUGUACUGGAUUCCAGAGGAAGCUAAUUUAUCAGACCUUGAACUGGAAAUUUUCCAAAGGCAUUCAUGUAGAAACCGUGGAAACAGAGAAGAAAGACCGCUGCAUUUUAAUCAGCAAAGUGGAUGAGGAUGAACGAAAAAGGAGAGAACUGCAAAAGCAGGAGAAAGAACAGCAAGAACUCUCUGACGCUGUGGGCUUCUCCAGAGUCAUUCAUGCCAUUUCCAAAUCGGGCAAGCUGGUCGUGGGUCACAACAUGCUGCUGGAUGUAAUGCACACCAUCCAUCAGUUUUACUGCCCGCUCCCCGAGGAGCUGAAUGGUUUUAAAGAAGUGACGUCGUGUGUGUUUCCCAGGCUUUUGGACACCAAACUCAUGGCAAGCACGCACCCAUUUAAGGAGCUCAUUCUCAACACGCCUCUCGCAGAGCUGGAAAAGAGGUUGAAAGAAGCACCUUUCAAGUCCCCGAAAGUUGACAGCGCCGAGGGGUUCCUGAGCUACAACACUGCCUCGGAGCAGCUGCACGAAGCCGGUUACGAUGCCUACAUCACCGGGCUCUGCUUCAUCUCCAUGGCCAAUUUCUUGGGUUCAUUCCUCAGCCCUCCUAAACCACACAUUUCUGCCAGAUCGAAGCUCAUUGAGCCCUUUUUCAACAAACUCUUCCUCAUGAGAAUUGUUGACAUCCCCUACCUCAACCUGAGUGGGCCUGACUUGCAGCCGAAGCGAGACCACGUCCUUUACGUCACGUUUCCCAAAGAGUGGAAGACGAGCGAUCUCUACCAGCUCUUCAGUGCCUUCGGUAACAUUCAGGUGUCCUGGAUUGAUGACACCUCAGCGUUCGUGUCCUUGGGGCAAGUGGAUCAGGUGCAGAUCGCUGUGAACACCAGCAGGUACGCGGAGAGCUACCGCAUCCAGACCUACGCGGAGUACAUGGAGAGCAGACUGCAGGAGAAGCAAGGCAAGAGGAAGUGCUCUGAGGACAGCUGGAGGGAGCUGGAGAGCAGCAGGUUAAAAGUGCAGUACGCUCCUGCACUGCCAGCCGGCUCCGGGUUCAACAGCAGUAACAACGAAGUUGCUCCGGGGAAGAGAAGCAUGAGCCCCAUUCAGGAGGAGCUGGGCUCGGAUGAACCGGAGGAGGGAGAGAUCGACCGGGACGGAACCAGCAGCUGGACCAGCGCCGUGCCCGCACGCAGCAGGACGACCAACAAGCACAAAAAGAUCAGAACCGACCCGGGUCCCAACCCUGCCGGCUCCACAGGGCUGUUUGAAGUCCCGGAGGUCUGGUAGUGCGGGCAGAGCGUGGGCUGGAACCAAGAGCCUUCAGAGAGAAGAGUCGUGAGGCAGCGGCAGCACUUAAAUACAUUUUAAAAAGCCAUAAGAAACUCUUCUGUCCUUUCAGAGUGAAUGAAAGAGGAGCAAGCUUGCAACCUCUUCAGUUCAACGCAUUGGCAGAAAGCUUAUGAAAAAAAAUUCUGAAGUGGUCUUGAUUUCUGUUUAUUUAGAUGAAUCUACCGGCGGGGUGCACAGGACUCGAACCUGGAUUCCUAUGAUGGUUCUGUGGUGUGUGUUUGUGUGUGUGUGUGUUUUUUUUUGUUUGUCAGAGAUGUUUCCUAGCGAUUUAACAAUGUUUUAAUUCAGUUUUUAAUGAUGCUUCCCCAGAGAGCUGCUUUUCAUGAAUUAGGGUCCCUAUUGAUGUACAGUAUAACAGUGCAAGCGUUAAAUGAAUGGUCUGAUAGAAAAGAAACACUAGAAUCACUAAGUUUACAUGAGAUUGUUGUGUGUUUUUUUUAGUCAUCUUACACAGAGUUUAAACACUGCCUCCUAUUAUUUUUUGUUUUUACUGUAGAGGAUUGUUGCCUAAUUUCUGAGAGUUCCCUGGAGUUAAGUCUAUAAUGUGGCUGCUUGAUUCUUUGUGUACAUGUAGUGUGUUUUGUUCUUCAUUUCCCUUUCUCUUCUUAUCAAGACCUGCAGGUUACAGUAACCGUUUAGUUUGUCACGUAAAUGACUUUGUUUAGCAGAAAUUGUUUAAAAGCUUCUUAUGAUGACAUGAGUGCCAAUUUGACAUGCUUCCCAUAGUGAAAAAAAAACAAAAAAUUAAAGACUUUUCUUACUA